AGAUCCUAGUUACCUACUUUUAUUUUGAAUAGAAUAUAUAUGUAAUCAUAUAAAUAUGGCAGAUUCGGUUGGAGAAACAACAAGCGGUGGAUCUCGAGUUUUAAUUUGUGUCGAUGGAAGUCACAAUGCCGAGCUGGCUUUCAACUAUUAUGCUGAUCACUUUCACAAACCAAGCAACGAGAUAGUUUUAUUGCAUGUUGCUGAUUUAGUCAUUCCACAUUCACAUCUGUAUUAUGGAAUGGGAGUCGCUAUGCCUACUGGGUCAACGGAAAGCAUGCUUCAAUCUGCAUUGGAACAGGAACGAAAAAAGCUGAAAGAAAUUGAAACAAAGUAUCGUACGAAAUGUAAGGAUGCCGGCAUGAAACAUGAUUUCAUUACCAAGAUGAAAGAUAAUCAUGGCGUCGGUGCAACAAUUGUAGAAGCCGCGAUCAAGAACAACAUGACUUUUGUCGUAGUUGGUACUAGAGGAUUAGGUUCUAUAAGAAGAACAAUCCUGGGGUCGGUCAGUGAUUAUGUUUUACAUCACAGCCAUAUUCCUAUGCUGAUUUGUCCGAAACACGAAGAAAAAUGAAUAUAUGGAAGGAAGAUCAAAUUUGAAUGCACAUGAUAAAGUAUGGGUAGUUUCACCGAUUGUGUGGCCGAAUGCCAUUACUCAACUAAUUCAAAAUUCCUGAUUCAACUUCACUAGAGUGAGAAUAAAUGUUUUAAUGUACUGAUCAGUCAUCGACUUUUCGUAAUCGUUUAAUGAUUUUAUUGACUUGUAAUUGUAAUAUACAUUUUAAAUCUGUCGUAGUUACAAAUUUGAGUAACACUGAGCAAAAUACAGAA